CACCAAAAGGUCAAAGUUGAAACGUCGCGGCGAGGGCGAGCCCGCGGAAUUCUGUCAUCAUUUCCUGGUGGCAAUUUUUGGUCAAAAACCUUCAUUUUCGUCGUUUUGACGUCACCGAAAAGCCCCGUGGAGAACGUCUGUUUACAACGGCGGUUAAUUACCAUCAAAAAGGCUCGGCAGGGAAUAGCUAAUACAGCUGAGCUGCAGUCGACAGCAGAACCCAACUCAGUUGGUCCAUAAGAGACAGGAACAUGGAAGAGGAAGAGGAAGAUAGGCACACAGAAGAGAAAGAUGAGGAAAAUGGAAACCCCAAAGGAUUUCUGAAAUGUACAGAAUGUGACAAAACCUUUGUAAGUGCCUCCAAGUUGAAGUCUCAUGCCAGAGUUCAUGCUGGUCAAAAACUUUUUGGCUGUAAACACUGCCCAGCCAAGUUUGUGUAUGAAAAUCAGCUCAAGCUGCACGACAAAAUUCAUGAGGGGAGCGGUGCCUAUGCUUGUGCUCAAUGUCCGACAAAAUUCACCCUAGCGUGGGGUCUAAAGCUGCAUGAGAAAACCCAUGUCAAGAAAAAGGCCUUUUCAUGUUCAGAGUGUUCAGCGAAUUUCGACAGUGAAGGCAGCCUGAAAGAACACAAAGAGUCUCACAGGUUUCCAUAUGCCUGCAUGCAAUGUACAGCAAGAUUCAGUACAGCACGAGACCUCUGGGAGCACGAGAAUGUCCACAACGAUGAAGGACCAGGCAGCGACUUAGAUGAGCCUGCACAUGUAGAGAUUUCAGUCGCAGCUGAACAGGACAGCAGCAAAAAUGUGAGCAAGAAGAAACUGCAUGGCUGCAGGAAUUGCAGUACGUGGUUUGUCAGCACAGAUCAUCUUCAGAAACAUAAAUGUACAAAUAGUAAAACUCCCAUUGAAGAAAAGCCAUAUCAGUGUUCAAAGUGUCCUGAAAAGUUUGCCUAUAAGAAAACUCUGAAGGAGCAUGAGAAAAAACAUGCCAAGAAGACACAGUUUUCGGCUGGGGCCAGUAGUGAAGAUCUUUCAAAGACUGUGAACCUGACUGAUUCGAAUUCAUUAGCAGGACCAAAGAAGAAAAGUCUGAAAGAGCAUGAAAGAAAAAAUGCUCAGAAGACACAGGAGUGCACAACAGAGGCCAGUAGUGAACUGGAAAGUAUUUCAGAGAUUGUGGACCUGACUGAUGAUUUGACAGAAGGACCACAAGAUACUACCGAAUAUGACAGUCUUCAGGAAAGUCAAUUUAAAUCCAUGGAUGAGAUGCCACUGCAAACCUGCCCACAUUGUAAUGCUUCCUUUGCCACCAGCUGGAGGCUGAAGAGUCACAUGACGAUGCAUGCAGGCAAGCUUGUGCAUCACUGCUCCAAAUGUCCUGCCAGCUUUACAUCAAAAGUAGGCCUGAAGAAACAUGAGAAGAGGCAUAGUAGGAAACAAAGUUACAGUUGUACUCAAUGCCCUGCCAAGUUCACUGUCUGGAGUAAUCUGCAAAGGCAUAGGAAGUCACACAAGGGUGCCAAACCGUUCAGUUGCCCUGAGUGCCCGGCCAAGUUCGUUAGUUACGUUGAGAAGAUGAGCCACAUGGACGUACAUGGCAAGGCUCACAGCUGCUCGCAUUGUGGUGCAAAAUUCACCCACUACAGCAGCCUGGUGAGCCACCAGAGGUGUCACCAAGUGGAGAAGAAGAAGGUUUACAGUUGUACUAGCUGCCCGGCCAAGUUUGCUCAACCACACAGUCUCAGGCUACAUCGAAGGAUCCAUGGUACUGUAGAUUACAACUGCCGCGAGUGUCCGGCAACAUUCCAGAAACGGGGGCACCUUGAGAGUCACAUGCUGGUCCACACAGGUGGAGACAAGCCUCACAAGUGCAAGUUCUGUUCGGCUCAGUACAAAUGUAUAAGUCACCUCACAAAGCAUGAAAAGCUUCAUCAGGAGGUAGAUGUGGUUAGCAUGCCACCAAAUGAAGCUUCACCAUUUAGCAAUGAAGACAAGCAGUGUGUUGAACAGACAGGCAAUAAGAGGAAGCACAGAGAUCAGGAAGCAACAAGGCCUGCGAAGAAGAGCUACAACUGCAAAGAGUGCCCAGCAAAGUUCACCAGUGCAAGUCACUUGUGGAGUCACAUGCAGGUGCAUUUUGGUGGAGAAAAGCCCCACCACUGCCCCCACUGUUCUGCCACGUUUGCCUCACCCUAUCACCUCACAAGGCAUCUGGAGGUCCACAAAGAGGAUACAGAUUUGGACAACUCAAGUCUUCUUCAAGAUGCUGAGGCCACAUCAGAAGUACCCAGAAAAAAACAGAAGCAGCAGCCUCCUGCAAGCAAUGUGAGAUACAGCUGCUCCAUUUGUUCUGAGGAGUUUCUGCAUCCACAGGAUCUUAAAGUCCACUGGAGGACCCACAGUAGAGAGAAAAUCAUAUACAGCUGUGAUGAAUGUCCUGCUACUUUCCCCCACUUGGGUCAUCUGAAAAGGCAUCAAAAGGCCCACAAAAAUGAUGGUCUCUACCAUUGCCCUUACUGCUCAGCCAAGUAUGAUGCACGUGCUAAUUUAACGAUGCACAUGAGGGCCCAGCAUCUAGUUGAUGAAAGGGACAGGCCGUAUGUCUGCCCAGAGUGUCCUGCUAAUUAUCUCCGCCCAGACCACCUGCGAAGCCACCUGAAAGUGCACAGGGAAGGGCCUGUACAGAGACCAAACAGGUGCCAGCAUUGCACAGCCACUUUUGGAACACCCUCAGAGCUUACAAAGCACAUGAAGCUCCACACUCUGAACGAUGGAGGUAAUGAGGGAGUGAAGGAACACCUUUGUCCUAAAUGUCCAGCUGGGUUCAGGAAUGCCCAUGAUCUCAGUCAGCAUCUUGAGAAGGUUCACAUCAACAAGUCCAACGUCUGCACAGAGUGCCCAGCAAGGUUUAGUCGUCCUGACCACCUGAGGAAUCACAUGUUGUUACACUCAGAAGUAGGCCAAGACCAGCGGCUCUACCACUGCAACUAUUGCAGUGCCAAGUUUCACGCCAAGUACCAUCUCACCAGCCACGAAAGGCUCCACAGUCCAUCCAAUCCAGAAACAGCCAUGUCUUCCUACAAGUGCCCACAUUGUUUGCGAAGGUUUAAAACAGUGAAGUCAAUGAAGAACCACAUUAGGAGUUGCCUCCUUGCUAAAGAAAAUAGACCACACACCUGUUCACACUGCCCAGCUAAAUUUGCCUUUGCUUCAACACUGAAGAGCCACAUGAAAACUCACAUUGUUGAGGAGCCAGGCAAUAGUCCGCAGGAUGCUGCGGUAUUAUCUUCUACCACAGAACUACCAUCUCCAACCACUUCCAGCCUGACAUCAGCUGGUGAUGAUGGUAAGAACUACCACUGCGAAGAAUGUCCUGGCAAGUUUUCUUCUGAAUAUCACCUGAAGAGACACCAGGAAAUACACAAUGCCAGUAAUGCGAGGCCAUACAGUUGCUCCUUCUGCACUGCAAAGUUCAGUAACACUGGUCGCCUUGUAGAGCAUGUCAAGAUUCACAAACAGGAGUCACCUCCUCCACCUCCCUCAGAGUCAGAGACAGUCCUCCAACUUUCAACAAAGAAGAGAGGCGUGAGGGUGAUAUAUCGUUGUAAUGUGUGCGAUGCGACAUUUACAACGCAAGUGCACCUGAACACACACAAGAAGGUGCACUCACAGGAUAACCUGUACAGCUGUUCAAAGUGUCCAGCAAAAUUUGACCAGCAAAGUUACCUGGAAGACCACAUGAAGACACACUCAGCAAGUGUGCAAGAGUCCUCGAAGACAGCAAAACCUACAGAAAGCACCGGUAAGAGCAAGGAUUCUGCUGCCAAGAAGACCAAAUGGUUCACUUGUCAAUACUGCAAGUCCAAGUUCAGAGGAGCGUCAAGACUCGCCGUGCAUGUUAAUGUCCAUCAUUGGGAAGAGAAGCAAAGGAGCAAGUCCCAGCCAGCAUCUCAGAACAUUCAGGACCGUUUCAAUGGCAGGAAUUACAAAUGUCCACAGUGUCCUUCCAAGUUUACCAAUGCCGUGAGCCUUACGAUUCACCAGCGGGUCCAUCAGGGUGACAGGCCACACAAGUGUCAGAAGUGCUUGGCUACCUUCUCGACACCUGGUAGUUUAAAAAGGCACGUGGACUCGCGCCAUGGGACUGGGAUGAGGCGUCACACUUGCCCAUACUGUCCUACCAAGUUUCUCCGAUUGGGUCAUUUGAAGGUGCAUCUGAUCGUACACACCAGGGAGGGGCCUGGUCUGCACCACUGCACCCACUGCACCGCGAAGUUCCUCCACAAGACAACAUUAACCCACCAUCUGAAGGUACACAAUGUCAAGUCCUAUAAGUGCAAUAGGUGUUCUUUGGAGUUCUCAUCUCGAGAAGAUCAUAGAAAGCAUCAAAGGACUCACUCUGAGAAACCGGCCUCUACCAAACAACCAAACAAUGCUGCCAGCAGCAGUAAGGUACAAAACCAUGAGGCAGACAAGAAGACCUCUUCAGCGGAUCGUCCAUACACCUGUCAGAAGUGUUCCCGUAAGUUCCUGAGCUCCCAGCAGCUGGAGUAUCACAUGGUGUGGCACAGUGGGGACAGGCGACAUGAAUGCUCCCUUUGCUCCCAGACGUUCCCCACAGUACAGAGCCUGAAGGAGCACAGGAAAACGCACGCCGGUGAGAGACCUUUCAGGUGUCCGAUGUGUCCUGCGGACUUUGAACGCAACAGCAGCCUGAAAAGGCAUGUAGAGAAUAAGCAUUUUAAAGAAAAUGAUGAGAGUAGCACAGGUGUUUCCCCAACAACCCAAAGAGUAUCAGAUGAACCACAGAAGGGAAGCUCUGAUGGGAGUAACAAAAACUCUCCCAAGCAGCAGAAAACCAACACUGGGAGAGAGAAGUUUUACUCUUGUUCAACAUGUUCACAAAAGUUUAAAAGGUUUCAAGAUUUGAAAAAACACAGGAAAAGCCAUUCUCGAGGAAAGCCUGCAAAACGCACUGGCAAAAGGGUGACAUGUCCAGAGUGCAAGGCCAGCUUCUCUGAUUUAAGAACCCUUGAACGCCAUCAGAGAAUCCACACUGGUGAGAAACCAUUUGCGUGUCCCAUGUGUUCGGUACGGUUUGCCAGAAAAGAUCAUUUAUUGAGGCAUGUUGCAACUAAACAUGCUGAGAGCGAGCCAGCCAAUCCUCCCACAUUGAACCAGGAGCCAUGCCCCAAACCUCACAAGAAGGUCUACAACUGCCCUGAAUGCCCAGCCAGGUUCAGCACUGCUGAGUUACUGACACGUCAUAAGAAAAUCCAUCCCAUCUUUACCAAAGAAACACCAAACAAGAGUUCCUCAGCAUCUAACCUGGCUACGCUGGAAGUGGUGGAGACGCAGGUUGUCCACGAGCCAGGGGCAGCCUCACACGUCGAGACUGUCGUUGUGGCCAACCUGGAGCAACUUCCCAUACACGGGUCAGAAGAUGCCACAGUAGACAAAGUGUUACAAACAGAUGACAAGUCUAGAACUCCAGAAUCUUCUGAAUUUCCACAGUACCACAAAGGUCAUCAGCAAUCAGGGAGCAGCUCUUCUGCAGGGCACCUAGCUGAAGGCAAUACUACACAAGUAGCAACGGUGUCAAGAGAAGCAGCGACAAUGCAUGAUCAUGCUUCCCAUCUCAUGAAACAACUCCAAAAGGGAAAUGAGCAAGUCCCUGCCCCUGGCAAUGUACCACUUCUGCAAGGCCUGUGGCAGAGGUCAGACACAACCAGCCCUCCCCAGGGCAUUGUCCCUGUAGGGCUGUCCUAUGGGGAGGCACUACAGGCUGGGGAGACCAUACUGCAGGCUUCCAUGGCAAACAGCUACUACUGUGGCUGGAACAGGAAUACCAUCCAACAACAGGUAACACAGACAAGCUCGUCUGCAAAUUCACCUGGAAUAGGCCAGGUGUUACAAGUGUCAUCGGCCAGAACCAAUCAACAAAUGCCACUUGAUGAUCGACCGCCCAAUCAGGGCCAAGCUAAUUCCCAUAAUGUGGUGCAAAACAAUGAAAAUAGGAGACAAGUUCAGCAUAGGGAUGAGGGCAAGCACCAAGACAUCAGAUACUUCUGUAUCGGUUGCAAGCAAGUCUUUGCCACAGACAAAGACCUCAAGGAUCAUCUGCAAGGUAGUGAAGAGACACCCGGCCAAGAUAGUCAUAAGAUAGUCGUGCUACAGAAGAAAACUACUACUUCGGAUCAGGAAAAGACAUCUGCGUGUAGCGAAGCUAACGUACUGGUUGUGCCGAGGCAGAGCAUGAACAGAGUGGUGGCAAACUGCAGCCAUGUCUUCUGUGUUCUCUGUGCGGGGAAGGUCAACAUCAAUGACCUCUCCCACCAUGUCAGGAUUAAACACGGGAUAUAUUCAUUAAACGGGGAGUACCCCUUUGGGCAGGCGACUAGCUGUAUGACUUGCAGUCGAAGGCUGUAUGGUGAAGAAGAUGUACAGAAACACACGAGCAAGAGGCACAUUGUGCUAAGGGACACAGCAGGACCCUUUCUUGCAUACGACAACACCCAGAGAAUCAGUGAUACUGAUGAGGACACAGAAAAUGACAGACAACUCACUGAUUCAGCUAAUAGAGGAAACAAUUUACUUGAAGAGUCAAGUUUGUCAACAAGUGACUUGUGUAACAGGAUGGGCAAUAAUUCCUCUUCAGAAAAGCCAGGCUUGCCCAGUGCUGCAAUGACAACUUUAUCGACUAAAGAUGACAAAGAAAUGCUGUUGUCGAAAGGUGCGUUUUCACUCAGUGAUGCCCAAAAGAAGAAAUUUUUGAUGAUUUCAAGGGCAGCCGAUGCUUGCCUCAAGAAAAAGCGGUAUCUCGUCAUACGGGGCAGUGAUGGUACUGACAGAUCAGCAUGCUCCUCCCCCCUAACAGACUGCAGUAGCUCCCAUGAUACUACUCAGUCACCACCUCUGAACACCCUUGAGCCACAAGCACAGCCUACAUGCCAUAUUAAGAUUGAAGAAGGGGAGAAGUCAAGUGCUUGUGCUUCCAGCAGUCUGAAUGAACAGCCAAAUUCGAACAAUAAUUCUCAGUAUGUGGCUGCAAAAGCAAGUCUACAAAAACAACUAGCCAUGGUGGCUGGUAUCCUGUCAUCAACCCUUAGAAAGACAUCUUCCACUGAACUGAAUCCUAAGAUGAAAGAUCAGAGAAAUACUACAAACUCUCAGGUUACUACACCAAUUGCAACUCUUCAGACUAAAGGAGGAAAGGGCUCUCUGAGCAGUGUAUCUAUAAAGACAGAACCAGUUUCUGCUGAGGUUGGAAGUGCUGAUGUUGGUAUGUCUGCCCCUUCAGAUGCAGAAGGCAUGGAGGAUUUAGGGGAUGUCACUGCCAUAAAUGAACCUCUCAAGUCUAUCAAGGAGGACGUUGACAACUUCUAGAGGAUGUCUUAUUACUGACUUUCAAUGAAGAACAUCUUCCUUUUAGGAUCAAAUUGUACAUGUCAUGAGUAAUGGUGCUGUUUUUGUAUGUACUGUAUAAAUUGCAAGAUAACAUUUAAAUUCCUACCAU